AAAUUUGGUAAACUCUAUAAAAUAUAAAGCGUUUUAACUUCAAACGUUUUUAUUACUCUGACGGAAAAUGGCAUUGGAAAAACCAAAAUUUGAAAGUUCGCUGACUUCAACAAUUCUCGGCUCAACUGAGACUCCUUCUAAUAUUUUUUUACAAGUUAAUCUUGCAGAGGAAACAACUUCAAAAAUAGAAGGAGAAACCAAUGUCACGUUUGAAAGUAUCAUUGAAAGCGGCGAAGACGAUCACAUUGAAAGUGAACACCAGCUACAGCUUAUUCUUGAUUGUAUACUUCCGCCGAGAGUUUACGAACAAAACGGAAAACUAUGGAAACAGCAAGCGUCGCUUCAUCCUGCUACGCGACAUGACAUGAUAAAUCUCGAGGAAAAACUGGAAAGCGAGUUAAAAGACCGGGGAGCAAAACCAUUCGGAAUAUGCCCAAUUCGACGCGAUCUUUACGGCCAGUUUUUCGAUGAGCUAAUCCGUCAAGUCAGUGUCUCCUGUGUGGAAAGAGGUCUUUUAUUGGUUCGCGUUCGUGAUGAAAUUCGAAUGACUUUUGCAGCCUACCAGAAUGUACUAGAGUCGGCGAUUGCAUAUGGUGUCAGAAAAGCGCUGUUCAUUGAAAACGAACAAACACGGGCGACGACUGAAUGGAAAGUGCAAAAGGACAAGAACAAGGAGCUUCAUCUAAAGAUUGCCCAAUUGGAGAAAAAAUUGGCAACGGAUAAAAUUGUAAGCGAGGAGGAAUUGGAAAUUGUGGAGCAACGAAUGAAGGACACCAACGAGCGCCUUGUAGAGUCAAAUAGAAUUCUCAAAAACCAGCUUCAGUCGAUUCUUCAGAUGGAUGAUAUGUCACAUGUCAAAGUCGGAGAAACAGUCGCACAUUAAACAUAUUCAAAUGUAUUAUAUUUUUGUUUCAACACUAUACAUUCUAAUAAAACAU